AUGCUGCCGGCAACUUUCAAACUGUGUGCUGGCAUCUCCUACCGCCAUAUGAGGAACAUGAGAGGUGAGUGCAAUCACGACUCUUGCAGUAGUGCUACAAAUGGCUUGUGGUGUAUUUAUUGUGCAAAACCCGGUAGAUUGUUGUAAUUUUGUGCCUUUUGUCUCCAUCACUAAUGUUUAAGAAAGAAUGCAAUUGUGGCUAUUCACCAUGAGCUGGACCGACUUGCAGGUCCGGGCCCCAGUAACUGGAUCAGCCAAGUCCGGAGACGAAGUUCCCUCCUCGGUUCUCCAAUUAGGGAGGAGAAUGGAUACAGUGAGGAGGAAAUGUCCUAUGUGAAACAAGGUGAAGAUGCACUGCAGAGAGCUAUCGGAAUACUCAGCGAGCGGGAGGGCUGGAUUGUCGAAACGGUCGCCGCAAAUGGUGACAAAGUCCUGAGUAAGAUGUCGCCUGGCAUCGGAAAGGUGUUCCGGCUAGAAGUGCUGUUGGACCAACAUGCAGACAGUCUUUAUGGAGAGCUGGUGGGAAACAUGGAGCAGAUGGGGGAGUGGAACCCAAACGUGAAGCGAGUCAAGAUUCUUCAGAAGAUCGGCAAGGACACAAUGGUGACCCACGAGGUCUCGGGAGACACACCUGGCAAUGUAGUGGGGCCUCGGGACUUUGUCAGCGUUCGCUGCGCCAAGCGCCGCGGCUCCGCCUGCUUCCUGGCCGGCACGGCCACUCAGCACCCGAUGAUGCCCGAGCAGAGGGGCGUGGUCCGGGCAGAGAAUGGGCCCACCUGUAUAGUUCUGAAGCCCAGCAAUGACGACCCGAAUAAGACCAAGUUCACCUGGUUACUAAAUAUAGAUUUAAAGGGCUGGAUCCCAAAGACCAUCGUCAACAAAGUGCUUUCCCAGACACAGGUGGACUUCGCCAACCACCUCAGGCAAAGGAUGGCCACUCAGGUUUCCGUGGAGACGGCUCACACGUGCUGACGCAACAUGGCUCCCGUGCUUUCAAACUCAUGCGCCAUCGAACAUCACAAACACGCUAUGAUCAGCGAAAGAAAGAAAAAAACAAUUAUUAGGGAAAUUAGACGAAUAUAUUGCUUGACUUAAAUCAGGAAAUCGGAGCAAUCUUACACCUCUUAAUAGGCAUGGGUAUCGUCCAUCGCUGAACUGUGAAAAUGCACAUUUUAUUGCAGUGCUUUAUUUAUUGAUUUUGUGCCGUUGCAUUAAAUUAGCCGCCAUGUGAAUAAACGAUUUCUACGCUAUUCCUAUUUAUGAUCGUUGUCAAAAGGCACCAAGGUGAUACUCUGAUGCACUAGAACCCAAACAAAUGCUACAAGAACAGUUCGUAGUCUUGCCUGACUACAGUAGAGCUAAUGUGGUCAUCAGCUUGCCACAGAGCACAGGCAUUACGUCCGUCUUACGCUCGCGCAGAUGCCAGCAGCACAUUUCCUCACAAGUAACAAUGGAUUUUAUCUCUGAAAGGAACUCGGUUCGUGGCCACUUGUGCAAGUAACCUUUUGGCUUUUUGUACGGAGCCAAUUCAUCCAAAAUGUCUUCACAGAGGAGAGACUUUUCUUCACUGUAGCGCAAACUGACUAAAGUUGCACUUGAAGUUGCAGGCUACAGCACCAGCGACGCCAUCAAUGUGAGCAUCCUCCCAUUCAAAUAGUUCUGCCCUAGUGGUGAGCACAACUGCCUCAUAGUUUGAAGGUUUGGGGUUCAAAUCUCAGCUCUGGCCAUCAUGUGUGGAAUUUGCACGUGCUCCCCGUGCUUGCGUUGGUUUUCUCCGCGUAGUCUGGCUUCCCCCCACAUUCCAGGUGAUCUUAAUUGAAGACACGAAAAUCCCCAUUGGUCUCCUGUGAAUAGAAAGCAGAGUUGAAAAUGAUUG